CCCUCAUGCAUCCUGAUCCCAUCCACUCCACAACAAAGUAUCGCGAGAUCACAAGUAUCACCUGACGUCGAUAUGGCUGCUGUACAGAAACUGCAAAAGUGUGCAGUGUCUCAGACUGGACAACACACCGCGUCUGUCAUUUUUCUUCAUGGCUCAGGAGACACAGGUCAGGGAUUGCGAGCAUGGGUUCGUGAUGUUCUCGCACAAGACAUGGCAUUUGAGCAUAUCAGAGUGAUCUACCCCACAGCUCCAGCAAGGCCAUACACACCCAUGCAAAGGGCACUGUCUCACGUAUGGUUUGACCGUUACAAAAUCUCUCGUGACUGCCCAGAGCAUUUGGAGUCUAUUGAAGAAAUGUGCAGUAAUUUAGGAGCUGUAGUCCAAGAUGAGAUCCAAGCUGGUUUACCUAAGCACAGGAUGAUAAUCGGCGGCUUCUCUAUGGGAGGAGCCAUGGCAUUACAUCUGGCCUGCAGGUACCACCAGGAUGUGGCUGGAGUCUUUGCGAUGUCCAGCUUCCUUAAUAAGGGCUCAGUUGUUUAUCAAGCUGUUGAAGAUGCAAAAGGACAUCACCUACCAGAGCUUCUCCAGUGUCAUGGCACAGCUGAUGAGCUGGUGUCGCAUACCUGGGGCGAAGAGACCAGCAGGUUGCUGAAGAAAGCUGGCAUGGCUACAUCCUUUCACUCAUUCCCAGGCCUAAAUCACCAGCUCUGCCGGCCUGAGUUGGAACUUCUACGUUCAUGGAUCCUGCAGAAGCUUCCAUCUGAAAACUCAUUCACUGCCAAAUCCUGAGUGGUAAAAACAUUACUGUUUUUUUCUGCAUAAAAUGAUUUUUAAUAUAUUGUUCUAUUUUCUUUUUUGUAGACAUGCAGCAUUUUUUAUUUUCUUUGAAAUAAAGAGGUGUCUUAUAAACUGCUGAAUACAUUGCACCUGCUAUCGAUAAUUUGUUUACUAUACAACAUAUUUAACUUGGAAAAUCAUCCAUGUGUAUAAGUGUGGGUUAAUACAUCAAUAAAAACCUCCUUUGGUUUGUGCUCUCCGUACAUGUGCUGCCCUUGAAAAUCUGCAGUUAUUGUGCACAUUUCCCAGCUGGCAGCAGGAACCACAUUAAAGUGUUGGCUGAAACAGUGCCGCUGUGCUGGGAUGGCUGUUUUACCGAGCCUGCUUUCACUCACUAUAGUUGUGGUCAGGCUGGAGCUGCAGGUAAAACUAUCACACCAGAAAGCAGGAAUGCCACUCAGCUUUGUGGUCUGAAGUUGGAUUCCUACCCAUUUGACACCCUUUCCGUUUCCUGCAGGCUUGUAGUAGAUCCCUUGUCUUUACUUUUUCUUUUUUUCCCCAUAAGCACCAAAUCUCGCUCUUUCUAUUGAAAUCUGUUAAACAUGUGUUUGGAGCACUGGGCUGUUUGCUCAGUGGACUCAGGCUACAGCACAGAUUGCUUUAUUAAUGGUUAUUGGGCUGAAGUAGUUAGCAAUUUCACUGAGUUUUGUUUGAAGUUGUGUUGACCUUUCGCUCAGAUUAUGUAGGGGGGCCACAGUGCACCUAUCCAGACUUUUAACAAGCCCAGACAAACUGAACUUGACACAGUGGUGAUGGACUGUGUACAAGUAUGUUUAUAUGAAAAUGAGUAAGGGAAUUGUGUAAUGAGUAAGCUUGAUGAUCUGCAGUUUCUCUCUUAAAUGGCUGCCUUUUGAAGGUUUGAACUUAUCAAAUAAACUAUUACAUCACAAGA